ACCUGAGAACAUCCAGCUCCUCUCAACAGCCCACCCCACACCAGCCUCAGACACCACCAUGUGCGGCUCCUGCUGCGGACCCACCUUCUCCUCCCUGAGCUGCGGGGGAGGCUGCUGCCAGCCCUGCUGCUGCCAGCCCUGCUGCUGGCGUGACCCCUGCUGCUGCCGCCCCGUGACCUGCCAGACCACCGUGUGCCGCCCCGUGACCUGCGUGCCCCGCUGCACGCGCCCCAUCUGCGAGCCCUGCCGCCGCCCAGUGUGCUGCGACCCCUGCCGCCUGCAGGAAGGCUGCUGCCGUCCCAUCACCUGCUGCCCCACGUCGUGCACCUCUGUGGUCUGCAGGCCUUGCUGCUGGUCCACCACCUGCUGCCAGCCUGUGUCAGUGCAGUCCCCCUGCUGCCGGCCCCCCUGCGGCCAGCCUGCCCCUUGCAGCACCACCUGCAGGACCUGGUCCACCUCCUGCUGCUGAGACCCCACCUCUCCCGGCAACACACAAAACAUUUCCAGGUGCACAGAAUCAUGCAGACUCCUCCACCCCUUCUGGAUCAGAUGAGAGACUGCACCUUUGAAGCCUCGCUGAUCCUCAACCACUAACUCAACAAUAACAUCCUAUUUAUUUCCCCAUAUAAUUAUGCAGUUAAUCCUGGCCCUCUCUGAAAAUCCUCAGAACAAUUCUAGCUUUCAUCAUUUGAACUCCUGGCUUGAAAAAAAAAAAAAAAAAAAAACCGAGUGAGUAAUAAUCAAAGCUCCUCUUGAAUAGAACUCUGUCCCAGUGACUCAUCACCCUUUUUUCUACCAUUUCAGGCUUCUCAGAUGAGAUUUUUUUUUCUCUAGGAUAAUACUAUUUGUAUGCUGUAUUUUUGCAUUGUAAAAAAAUAUAUAAAAUAAAAUUUUAUUUCUGGGGAAGCAAA